AUGACGGAAUACGAGGCCCUCCUCAGCGGCCUCCGCAUCACCAUAGAACUCGGCAUAAAAUGUUUUGACGUCCGGGGAGACUCCCAGCUCAUCAUCGACCAGGUGAUGAAGGAGGCUAGCCACCACGACGAGAAGAUGGAGGCGUACUGCAACGCAGUGCAUCGCCUCGAGGACAAUUUCGACGGGCUCGAGCUCAAUCACAUCGCGCGCAAGUACAACGAGGAAGCGGACCAACUAGCCAAGAUCACGUCCGGGCGGACCACCGUUCCCCCGAACGUCUUUGCCCGUGACCUCGCCAAGCCGUCUGUUGACUUCAAGAACCCUGCGAAAGCCGUCGGGGUGGCACCCGAACCCUCGGGGGCUGCGACCACGGAGCCAUCGGCCAAGAACCCCUCGAUGGGGGAGCCCGAGGCCAUGGACACAGACUUCGAGACCUCUUAUGUGGAUGAGGUUGAAGCAAUGGAGAUCGACGAGGCUCCGCCUCAGCGAGACUGGCGCACCCAGUACCAUGACUGGAUGAUUCGAGGGGUCCUACCCUCGCACCGCACUCAGGCGCGAUGCAUUGCUAGGCAGGCCAAGUCUUUCGUCCUAAUCGACGACGAGCUGUACAAGCGUAGUCCCUCGGGCGUCCUACAACAAUGCAUCCCCAUUCCCGAGGGCAAGGAGCUGAUCCGGGACAUCCACACCGGCAUCUACGGUCACCACGCUGCGCCGCGCACCCUCAUGGGCAACGCGUUUCGAUAG